UUCUUGAGAGAGCGAGAGAGAUGCAUCGGUAGCUAAGGAGAAUAAACUUCAUUAUAUCUUCAUGUAGACAGUAACAAACAAGAAAAAUCACUUAACAUGGAGAGUUCUAACAGUAUUGUCAAGUUAUUUGAAGAAAAACCUAUGGUCAAGAUCUGUGCGCCCAUGGUUAGAUAUAGUCGGUUGCAGUUCCGAAGCCUAGUUCGAAAAUACGAGUGUGAUUUGUGCUUUACGCCCAUGAUAAUGGCAGACUCAUUUGUUAAGUCUUCCGAAGCCAGAGCCAAUGACUUUAAAACAAAUGAGGGUGACCGACCUUUAAUUACCCAGUUUGGAGCCAACAAUUUAGAAGAUUUCAUCUCUGCAGCCCAGAUGGUCGCCCCUUACUGCGAUGGAGUGGACCUGAACUGCGGCUGUCCCCAGAGAUGGGCCAUGAAGGAGGGUUACGGCUCGGCACUGCUGUACAAACCUGAGCUGGUGAAGGAGAUGGUGCGUCAGUUGCGAGAGAAAAUACCCAAACCUUUCAGUAUAUCAGUGAAAAUCAGACUUCUCUCGGAGCUCAAAAAGACGGUUGACCUGUGUAAGACGCUGGAGGCGUGCGGGGUAACUUUCCUGACUGUCCACGGCCGCACUCCGGCCCAACGCACCGAGCCUGUCAACAUGGAGGCGUUCAGAGAGAUCAGACAGAGUGUGACCAUCCCACUGGUUGCCAACGGAGACGUCAAGACUCUGGAGGAUGCUGAGAAACUGCAGCAGCUGACUGGAUACAAGGGUGUAAUGAGUGCUCGUGGUAUGUUACAAAACCCCGCUAUGUUUGCCGGGUUCAAACAAACACCUGUUUCUUGUAUUGAAGACUGGCUAAGCUUAACUCUAGGAGAGCAUCUUCCAUUUAUGAUCUUCCACAACCAUCUGGUCUUCAUGGUCGAGAAGAUUCUGAAGAAAGCUGACAGAAGAGUGUUUAAUUAUCUAAGGACUACUCCUGAUGUUGUGAAAUUCCUUCAAGAGCAUUUAGAAGUCAAGGUUCCUACUUGGUAUGAUCCGAUGUCUUACCAAGAACUGACGGUGGACAAUAAAUACAAGCCCGAUGUACCUCCUAACAAACUGUCGAUCAUAGAUCAGCCAAAAUCCGUUCUUGAUGGGAUAGAUGUUCUCUUUAACAAUAGUUGUAAAGUGUAGUAUUAAAACCAAAGUGAUUAUAUACUCAAAUACUCUUUAUUCCUUACAUUCUUAUUCAUGGAUAUAAAUUGGGUUAUUUCAAGAUCAUUAAGAAGACAAAUCAAUCAAUACAGUUUUAACUAUACA